CUGGACACUGACCCUCAUCUGUGCUGUAGGAAAACAGAAUGUCUAACAACAUGGCCAAGAUUGCAGAUGCUCGAAAGACAGUGGAACAGUUAAAACUGGAAGUAAACAUUGACAGGAUGAUGGUCUCUAAAGCCGCUGCUGAGCUAAUGUCAUACUGUGAAUCUCAUGCUAAAGAGGAUCCGCUGGUCUCCGCUUUACCCAACUCUGAAAAUCCCUUCCGGGAAAAGAAGAUCUUCUGUACAGUUUUGUAGCUGCAUUUUUAGGUGCUUUACCUCCAUAUCACAUCAGGCAGAUUGUUUUAAUAUUUAUAAAGGUCAUAUCAU